AUGAAGGCCGCUACCAUCCUUUCUCUUCUGAGCGUUACUGGACUCGUCGCCGCGGCUCCAGCUCGCAACGGUCCCGCUGGCGGAAUACUCGCCCGCGACCCUCCAACCUCUGGCCAGGGCAAUGGUGCCCAGGGCGCCAGUAGUAGCCCAUUGGGUGGCCUUACUAAGGGACUUCCUCUUGUUGGAAGUCUCGGGCGUCGUGAAGGCCCGGUAGACGGAGCAGUCUCCGAGAACCCUACCGAUAAGCUCCCUACCGACAAGCUUCCUACUGGCAAGCUUCCUACCGAGCUCCCCACCGACAAGCUUCCUACUGGCGAACUCACCGGCGGCAGCCCAACAAACGGCCUUCCUGUUGUUGGAGGUCUUGGUGGUCUUGGGGCCCGCGACGAGCGCCCUGACCACGACGAUGAGUCCAAGGGCAAGCAGGAUGGCCAGGACAAGAAGGGCGGCCAGGACAAGAAGGACGGCCAGGACAAGAAGGACGGCCAGGACAAGAAGGAUGGUCAAGGAAAGAAGGAUGGUGAGGACAAGAAGGAUGGCUCGGCCAAGCGCGAUGGCCUCAUAACAAGACACCCGGUCAUGGACACGGAUCCGGCCGUAGCAAGGGCUUUACUGCAUAAAGGCGAGGUUACCCAACCUGCACCCUUGGUGGUCAUUGGUAAAUAG